UUUUAAGUCAAAAAUGGGCCUAAAAGCUCAAAAACUGAGCGAGUUAUGGAUUUUCGAAUACCUUCAAAAUUUUUGAAAUUUUUGAAAUUUAAGUUUCUGUCGCGAAAACUCUUUUUGUACUGGUAUAAAAGUUCAUAACGUUAAAUUUUAAUUUUUAAAGAAAAAUACAAGAUUCAAUCUAAUUUUUAAGCCAAAAAUGGGCUUAAAAACUCAAAAACUGAGCGAGUUAUGGAUUUUCAAAAAUUAUCAAAAAAAAUUGUGUUUUUUAAAUUUAGGUCCUGUCGCGAAAACGUUUUGGGUACUGUAAUCACUAUGGCUCACAUCCCAAUAAUUAUUUUUGCAGUAAAGAACAAACUUUACGGUAAAUUUUAAGUCAAAAAUGGAGUGAAAAUCUGAAAAACUGGCCGAUUUAUGGAUUCUCGAAAAUGUACGAAAUUAUCGAGUUUUUGAAUAUAAGGUCCUGACGCGAAAACUCUUUGGGUACUGUAACCACUAUAGUUUACGGUUCAACACUAUUUUGGCAAAAAAACACAAGCUUUAAGGUAAAUUUUAAGUCAAAAAUGGAGUGAAACUCUGAAAAACUGGCCGAUUUAUGGAUUUUCGAAAAUCUUCCAAUUUUGUUUUUUUUUUAAUUCUCACUUUUUUUUCACAAUUUUGAACAUUUCCAGAAUGCAGAAAUUGACAAUUCUCCUACUUCUGACCAUCCUGGGCCUCGCGACAUGUCAAUGGGGCCCCGGAGGCUGGGGUGGUGGCCCCGGGCGAUGGGGUGGCUGGGGAGGCAACAGGUGGGGCGGCGGUGGAGGCCCCGGAGGCUGGGGGAAUAAUGGCGGCGGAGGCUGGGGACGAGGUGGAGGCCGAGGCGGAGGCGAUUGGGGAGGCAAUAAUGGGGGAGGUGGCAACUGGGGAGGCAACGGAGGUGGUCGCGGUGACUGGGGAGGUAAUGGAGGCGGUGGCCGAGGAGGCGGAGGCCGAGGCGAUUGGGGAGGAAAUAACAAUGGCGGAGGCGGAAACUGGGGCGGUGGUGGUAACAAUGAUGGAGGAUGGGGAGGAAAUAAUGGAGGCGGAGGUGGAGGUCGUGGAGGCGGUGGUCGUGGAGGUGACGGUCGCGGACCACCUGGAAGCAAUGGAGGAGGCGAUUGGGGAGGCAACGGCGGAGGCGGUCGAGGAGGCGGCGGUGGCCGUGGUGGAGGUGGAGGUGGAGGUGCCGGAGAACGAAUUGCCGAAGGUGUCCUUGGAGCGUUGUUGGGAUAAACUGAUCUCUCAUUUGUCUUCUCUUUUAUAUACAUUUCCGUGUUUGUAUGAAUUGGCUGUGUCGAAAAAUACCGGUUUUCGAUUUU